AUGCACAGGACGGCGAUGCAAAGCCUCGGCCAGUUGCCCUCCAAUUUGGGACCCAGUGCAGCAGACGGACGCUUCCCCUCCACCUUCUUGGCACUUGCACUCGCCGCUCUUCCCUCAGUCCUGGCUGCUCCGGCGCAGAUUAACUUCCGUAUCAGCCCAAGUGUCGACACGAGCAAGUGUCUUGAUGUGCGGGGUGACUUUCAAGCCAACGGGACCGCCGUCGACGUUUUCGACUGCAAUGCGACUGCUGCUCAAAAUUGGAUCAUCCGGCCCGGAACUACGAAAGUACAAUUAGCAGGGACAAACUUUUGCCUUGACGCGGGUUCUAGUCCCGCGAACGGCGUCGGUAUGAAGAUUUGGGAAUGCUUUGACAACCUUCCUGCCCAGCAAUGGUUUCUCACCGCUGAUGACCGUAUCGCCCUUGAGAACCAAGGGUUGUGCCUCGAUCUUACUAACGGAAAUGUCACCAACGGUAAUCAAGUCCAGACUUGGCAGUGCACCGACAACGAUAUCAAUCAAGCAUGGCGCCUUCAAGUUUGA